GGGGAGAGGGAAGCAGUUGGUAGCGGCGGGAGGAUUGAGCUGCGGACGGGGAGACAUGGCUGGAGUGUGGCAGCACCCGUUUGUGAACGUCUUUAAACACGUGCGUCUGGAGGAAUGGAAGAAAUCGAGCAAGGAGGGAGAUGUCACCAGCGUCAUGGACAAGACCUUGAAGUGCACCGUAUACAGGGUCCGGGGCUCCAUUCCAGCCGGAAACUACAUCCAGCUGCCCAAAACCAGCUCGCAGUCUCUGGGGCUGACGGGCCGGUACCUGUACGUGCUGUUCAGGCCGCUGCCGGGGAAGCACUUUGUGGUGCACGCUGAUGUCGGUGCGGAGAACGGCCAGAGUAUCCGCAUCUCCUUCUCCAAUCUCUUCAAGGAGUUCAAGUCCACGGCCACUUGGCUGCAGUUCCCCUUUGUCUGCGGCGCAGUAAAGGGGUCUGUGUACGACAGCACGGCGCAGUCCGCACGGCAGGAUCUGGUGGGUCCGGCCCCCUCGGGCUCUCGGUGGACCUGUCUUCUCUUGGACUUAAAGUUCAUCCUGUCUACGUAUCUAAGUCGGAACUACAGCCACCUGAGGAGCAUCAAACUCUGCUCUAACCUUCUGGUGAAGAACCUGGUGACCAGCGAUCUGCUCUUCAACCCCGAGGUGUCCUUCAACGAGGCUCGUCAGGCCAAGAGCCUGUCUCACGGGGUGUCCCCCAUGCCUCGAGAGAUGGCUUUCCCAGUACCCAAAGGAGAGAAGUGGCACGAUCUGUAUGACUUCAUAAGCUUUCCGUCAGACGGCUCCAAACUCCCGUAUGACUCCAUCCAAAAAGGACAGUCCAGCCGAACAGAACCCGGAGCCUCUCGUAGCCCUUCCCGGGAACACUCGCAACCGGUUACCGUCAGCAAACCGGUAAAGGACAGAGUGUCUCUCAUCCAGCAGAUAACGUCGCCCCGUCCGAUGCCCCGACACGUUCCUCUGCGGACAGACUCGAUCCCCGAGCGUUUUCUGUCUUUGCGUUCGAGGACGGAAGAGGAAGAAGAGUCUCUGAGUGAGAGCAACGUGGAGGAUGACGGCGGAGUCCAUGUGUACGCACACAAGGGCCGGAAAGUCACCGUCCACCGGAGCGGCAAACAGUCUGAGCGAGUUUGCACUGAUUCUAACAGACCGCAGGCUUUAUCAGCCAUUCACGGCAACCAGACGCUGCAUCCGGAUCCUAUCCUGACCCUUCGUAAAAUUAUUGGUUUUGGAGGCUGCACUGAACGUUGUGCCCUCUGGACUCACACCGGCUGCUCCGUGGUGUAUCCGUGCCACGCCGUCAUUGUGGUUCUUACGGUGAAGAGUGGCGAGCAGAGGUUUCUCCUGGGUCACACUGAUAAGGUUUCUUCUCUGGCUUUUAACGGCUCCUGUACCCUGCUGGCCUCGGCCCAAACCGGCCCUCUCAGUAUGGUCCGGCUCUGGAACUUUCAGAAGGGGAGCUGUUUGGCGAUGUUCAGAACUCACGCUCACUCCGUCUCCUGCCUCAGUCUCUCGCACAGCGGAUCCGUUUUAUGUGGCGUCGGCAAAGACGGACAUGGGAAAAACCUGGUGGUCGUGUGGAACACCUCGCAGGCCAGCCGCGGUGGGGAGGUUGUCGCCUUGGCCAAAGCUCAUACCGAAGUGGACAUCCACACGAUGAAGAUCACCUUCUUUGACGACACGAGGAUGGUCUCGUGCGGCCGGAGCAAUGUGCGUCUCUGGCGGCUGCGCGGAGGGUCUCUGCGCUCCUGCCCUGUGAACCUCGGGGAGUAUAACCACUUGGAGUUCUCCGAUCUGGCUUUCGAGGUCGGACACAGUCCUGAGAGAGAGAUCGAGGACCGCACGCUCUACGUGUGCAGCCUCAGCGGUCACAUCUUGGAAAUCGACUAUAAGAACAUGUCUCUCAGCAACGUGCGGCGCGUUCAGCCGAGUCAGCAGCGGCACAGCGAGCGCAGGGAGAAGCAGACGCUCCGUUCAGGUCCCGGCAUCGCUGUCAGCAGCCUUAGUAUCUCUGCCACGUUUUAUGCCACUGGCUCUGAGGAUGGCCACCUAAGGCUGUGGCCGUUGGACUUUUCGGGGGUCUUCCUUGAGGCGGAACAUGAAGGUCCGGUGAGCUGCGUUUCCAUCAGCCCCGACGGUCUGCAGGUCCUGUCCUGCACCUCAAGUGGUGAAUUGGGGGUCCUGGAUGUCCCUUCUCGGGGGUACCUCACAUUGAUGCGCUCACACACAGACUCCCUGCUGGCCUUCUCUUACCACCCUAUCCAUGCGCAGCUGGCCACGGUGUCCUCUGACAAUACCAUACGGAUCUGGGACAUGCAUUCCCUGCAGCAGCUUUAUGACUUCACCGCCAGCGGGGAGACUCCUUGUGCCGUGUCUUUCCACCCCGUAUGGCGGGCCCUGGCGUGUGGCUUUAGCACUGGGGUGGUGAGGUUUUUUGACCUGGAGUCCACAGCUCUGCAGGCAGAACACAAGCAACACCGAGGGGCAAUCGUCGGCCUUCUCUUCUCUCCCGACGGGACCCUGAUGUACAGCUCGUGCUCUCUGGGCUCCCUGGCGCUGUACAGCAUCUCGCGUACGGAGCAGCAUGUGGUGCGGGUGCUGGGCAAUGUCGUUUGCAAGGACGCAGACAGGGGCCCCCAGGCCUUGGCCCUCAGCACAGAUGGGCGUCUCCUGGCCUUCGUUGGACCCUCGGAGUACACCGUGACCAUCAUGGACGCCCGUUCGCUGGAUGAGCUUCUGCGCGUAGACGUGAGUAUCCUGGAUCUGGACAGCACUAAGCUGGACUCCGCCGCGGGGCUCGUGUUCAGCCCGCGUCCCCCAAACCACCUGCUGGUGGCAACCACCGGGAACAAGAUCCUUUGGCUGGACUCCAGGACCGGGCGACUCGUGAAAGAAGUAGCCCAGGUCCAGAAGCAGCACUGCUCCUCGCUGGCAGUGAGUCGGGACCUCCGUUACCUGCUCACGGCUGGAGAGAGGGUCAUUAAGGUGUGGGACCACCAGCAGGCCGGAUCCACUCGCCCCCAGGCGUUCAUCGGUCACUCCGAGGCUGUGCGGCGGGUGGAUUUCUCCCCGGACCAGCAGUGCGUGAUCAGCGCCGGAGAUGCCGUUUUUAUUUGGGAUUUUGAAGCUGCUCCUGACCCGGAGGAUCUGGUCACAGACCCCGCUGCGGCUCUUCCUCGCGCCCUCCACUCCAGCGCCGCAGAGAACGGCGCCGAGCAGGGGAGAGACUCCACGUUUAUCGCUAGCGGGAUGCCUCGCCGCGCAGCCCCGCGGCCCUGCGUCUUGUCGCCUCCCCGCCUGGAUAUCAGCCCCGUGAGGAGCGAGGAUCGCGCAGAGGAUGUCGCGUCGGAGUCUGAUGUGGACAGCUUGGAGGCUCGAGCCGCGCAGGAAGAAUCCCGAGUAUGCGAGCCGAGCGAAGCUGCCUCGGUAAAGAGCGACGGACACUCAUCUUUGGUUAUCAUAGAGUGUCAGCCCAACAGGACCAAACUUCCCUGGGUGACAAAGAGCAAGGAAGGAAAAGCAGGACCCCCUCUCCUGAGCCCACCGCGUCCCGAUGCCUACAUUCACUUCAACGCUCGAUUCAAAGCCUCCGGUCCAGCCAAGGGGCUUUGCCAGCCGCCCGUGGGCCAGGAGAUCCUGACGCUGAAAGCUGUGAUUGGUUAUAACGGGAACGGCCGGGGGAACAUGGUGUGGAAUCCGGACACAGGUUUUUUCGCGUACACGUGCGGCUGCGUCAUCGUAGUGGAAGAUCUGCACUCCGGAUCACAGCAGCACUGGCUCGGUCACCCCGAGGAGAUCUCCACCCUGGCGCUUGCCAAUGAUGCCCUGGUCCUGGCUUCUGCCUCUGGCGCAGGCGACGGUUCUUCCCUGUGUCAGAUCCGAAUAUGGGACACUCAGGAUGGUUCGUGCGUAAAGAUCCUGCAGCAUCACGUGGCGGAGGUCCAGGCCAUGAGAUUCUCCCGCGACGACCGCCUGCUCGUUACUGUCGGAGACUACCGCGAUGGCGGGCUCGCUCUGUGGAGCACCGCGUCAUACGAGCUGCUGGCAAACAGCCGCCUGAGCGAGCCGGUCCACGCCACGGCCUUUAAUCCUGCGCAUGCUGGUAGCUUUGCAUGCGUUGGCUCGAGGGGCGUGAGUUUCUGGAGGAUAGACGAGCUGGGAUCUGGUACUCAGUUGAAGGUGUUUAGAGCCACGGUCCCGGAUGACGUUGGCGCCGCAGAACUGACGUCCAUCGCCUAUAAUGCCACCUCGGUGCUGUACGCCGGCUGCAGCACGGGACAAGUGUGCGUGUGGGACGCCCAGACCCACCGGUGCUUCAUGACCUGGGAGGCAGACCAGGGGGAGAUCGGUGUUUUGCGGUGUAAAGGAAACAAGCUGCUGACCGGUAGCAACACGCGGAAAAUACGGCUGUGGUCGGUGGCCGCCGUGCAGGAACUGAGAGACCGAGGAUCUGCGGCCAGCUCCAGCUCAGUCCUCAUGGAGCACGAGAUGACCCUGGACGGCGCCGUCAUCAGCGCGACAUUCGACGAUGCCCUGGACAUGGGAAUCGUGGGCACCACGGCUGGCACUUUGUGGUACAUAAACUGGGUGGAGAACACCAGUAUUCGGCUAAUCAGCGGCCACAGAAACAAGGUGACGGACGUGGCGGUGGGUCCCGGGGAGAAUCAUUGUGCUACGUGCGGGGAGGACGGCAGCGUGCGAGUCUGGUCGCUCCACAGCUUUGAGCUCCUUCUUCAGUUCCAAGUCCUCAACCAGAGCUGCUUGUGUGUGACCUGGAGUCCAGCACCAGUAUCCAGCUUCCUGAAGGACAAGCAACAUAUUGCUGCCGGGUACAGCGACGGGACGAUCCGCAUCUUCAGCGUGUCCAGUACCGAGAUGGAGAUGAAAAUACACCCGCACCCCUGUGCCGUGACCUCCAUCGCCUACUCGGGUACAGGCGAGGUGCUGCUCUCCGGUGGGAAGGACGGUCUGAUCGCCAUCAACAGCCCGCGGACAGGAAUGACCAUACGAGUGCUGAGCGAUCACAAAGGAUCUCCCAUCACGUCCGUGGAAUGCAGCCGCAGGAAGGCGGACGAGCUGGGCCUGGGUGCAGGGGAGCUGUGGCUGGCGGCCAGCGCGGACAGACGCGUUUCCGUGUGGGCGUCCGACUGGGCUAAGGAUAAAUGUGAGCUUCUGGAUUGGCUGACCUUCCCAGCGCCCGACGGCGAUGAUGAGCAGGACUCGGCCGUGCCCAGCCUGGCAGCUUUUUGCCCGUGGCUGCCUGGCACAGUAGUCUAUACCGGAUUCGGCAUCGACAAGGAAGUCCUCUUCUACGGUCUGGUCCAGAAACAGGUGGUGUUGAAGAUUCCGCUCUCCCAUUUUGCGACGUCUCUCGCCCUCUCUCCUGCCUCGUCACACUUGGCCCUCGGCAGCAAUGAGCGUGUCCUGCGCGUCGUGGACUCCUCCGCGGGGACCCAGCAGGACUUCGCGAGCCACGAUGACCGCGUACAUCUCUGCCGAGUAUCUCCUUCAGGGAAGCUCCUCUUCUCAGCCUCCUAUAACCAAGUCCUGGUUUGGGACAUUCAGAACUCCUGAAGCUGCGCAUGCUCGGGGCACCCAGAUGAUUGGAGUGUCCGUGGCUCGCGGGGUACAGCUCCGCACCUCCCGAACCCUCAACAUGCCGACAGCUGCUGGGGACUCUUGGCCGGCUGUGCUUCUUGGGAGUAGUAGUCCCCAGCCACUCUGUGUCCCCCUGCCUUUGUGUAAAUAUAUUAUUUAUGUGUUCGGCUCGAUGUAUUUAUCUUUUUAAUGAUUGUGAUCACCAGUUACAGUUUCCAUAAAUCCAAAUAUAUUUUAAUGGUUUCUUUUGUAAUAUGUUGUUUUUAAUAAAGUUUUAACUUGUUUAAAUCCG